AUGGCGCCUGGCAUCCUCAACAAGCUCCGUCGCCGCCAGUCUACCUCUCCCCACCGUCCACAUUCGUAUGUGCAUCACGUCUCUACGACCCCUGAGUGGCCCACUUCGCCUGCCCAAGUCACUCCGGACGUCUAUUUGACCUCGCCAGAGGAGCAAGACGGCCUCCUUACUUCACAAUAUCCCCCUGUUGCUGCUGCAUCAGCGCUAGCCGCCGCUCUUGCCUCGGUCGACGAUCCGACAUCGCCCGUUUCAGACGGCCCUCCCGUGUUCCGCAGGUCGUCCCUUCCGACUCCAGAUAUCGUUCUACCCAAGAAACCCUCUGAAGUUCUGCGUGAGGCUGCCAAGCGGAACUUUUCGAGCAAAGAUAAAUUAGACGAGGUUACAGAGACAAACGCACAAGGGGAUGCGAAUACUGGUCUAAUCCGCGUCUCGAGCGGCCGCGACGCUAACGAGGGCCUUGGUGGAUCAAAGUCCAAAAGCACACUCAGACACCGUGCCUCCAAGGUCAUCAAAAGCUUUACCCAUCGCGAUAAUUCGGAGAAGCGUGUCGGGCAUCAAGAGCCUAAAACCAAAUCCCCCAAGCAACACAAGCGCCGGAAUACUUUGUCGGAUAGCUCUCAGUCCGCGUUCAAUAUGUUGGCGCAGACAUCAACUGCCCAUGCAGUCCCACAAGAGACGAGUGCUGAAAAUGUGCCUAGCUCGCCACCUCCGGGAGGUAGUGCGGAAGGUGGCCGUCGCAGAAGCUCGACGUUGGGCCAUGUCGAGUUUACUCCCCGUCCCGACUCUCCUCCACGCCCACCUCUACCCGGAGACAAUAAUGUCAUCGGAGCAUCAACCCAAAAUGCUGCUGGAUUGCCAUCUGCUCCGGUUAUCACCCUUGAACCAGCAGCUGAAAUAGACUCCCCAGUCGAUCCAGCUGUCGAUUCAUCUACAGGAGGGAAGUCAAAGAAACUCCAGCGUAGACGGAGCAAGAACGCAUUCUCUCAUUUGUUCACCCUCAAGAGCGAGAAGAUAUUCCGUUCGCCCCCACCGACAAAACCGUCGGAAGAGCCCAUUCCUCCGGUGCCUUCUAUCCCUGAGGAGCUUGCCAAGGCGGUGGCUGAUCCAGAUACGCCAGAAGCCUCUCAGUCUUCGAGGUCACCUUCUACCCCAACGGCAACUCCCAAGAGCUCAAAGAGCAAACGAUUCAGGCGCCAUCGCCGAGCGACAAUUGACUCGGUAUCCCAGUUGCCGAGUGACAUCACUGGAACACCUUCACCGACCGCUCCCCAAAGCGAGACACCCAAGACUCCUACGACCCCUCGAAUCCGUACUUUUACUAUUGUGGACUUGCGCAAGGGUUUUCAAGUUCGUGGGCUCGGAAAGGGAAAGGGGAAGCUCUUUUCAGCCAAAUCCAACCCUGAAAUACGGUCACCUUCAUCCACACAAGAGCUAACGCAAGCAUCUGAGUCUUGUGAAAACCUCGAGUCGACGCAAAGACACCGACCGCCUCCUCUUCAGCCAACCGAAUCUCCUCAUCCAGGCCUGGGGUUUCCUAUUGCCAUAAACGGUGAGACUGAUGGCAGCCCCGGAACCGCCGAUUUUGUUGCAUCUCUCGAAACUACCGAGGUACUUUCUUCUCCCAUCGAAAGCACCGGACCUGUAACCCCUGUGUUUGGGGCGCUCGAAACUCCAGCGCCGGUACCCGAGUCUGUAUCCGCUCCUGUAGUUGAACCGUCGGCCAAGACAUCCUCCUCUACGAGGGCGAGCCGGAUUUGUCUUAUUCCGCGACCACCGAUGAGGGUGAGCAAACACAAAGACCUUCACGACCCACUCUUCACUGUUUUGAGCGCACCAAGCACUUUGGGCGACUUGCAGCUCCAAUUGCGCGAGCCAUCGACCAAGACUAGCACUCUUGACGCUCACCUCCGCAUCGGCUCGUUGCGUUUUGAAGAUUUUUCGUUUGAUACUAAUGUCUUUUGA